GGUGCGGGGGGACGAAGCAAUUUGAAUGGGUCAGGGCUCGAUUUGAAGGGGGGAAAAAUACCUUUGAAAUGAAGACAAAAAGGUGGAAUUUCACUCAGGGGGUCUUGAGAUAUUGAAGAAAUUACAGGCGAUUUUUUUUGGGAGGAGAAUUGAUUUUAAUUUCUCGUGUGUUUGAGUCGGGAUAUCUUGGGAAGUAAUGAUGAGAUUUUGAUAAGUCAGUGCUCGUUUUAAAGAGGGGAACAAUAUCUUUGGAAUGGAUGGAAAAUUGGGAGAAUUCACUCAGCGGAUGCCGAAAUGUGGAGGGAUGAAGACGGGAGGUUUUAUCGACACUUUGAGGUUGUCUUUUUGUUGUGAGAUGUGAGGCUCAAACGGCUCAAAACACUUAUCGGGGUUUUUUAAUCGGCUUUGGGGGGCUCGGGGGUCUGUGGAGAUUUGGGGAGAUAUUUUUUACAGGGAUUUUGGUGGCUCGGUGUGGGGAGAACAGGAAUCAGUGAUUUUGGAGUGAUUGUUUUUGAUUGAGGAAAUGUUGGGAUUUGGAAUGCUCUUAGGGGCUGUUCUGAUGGGGCUUGGGGGGGCUGAGGGAUCUAAGGGGGAUCAAUCACAGUUCUAUAGACAGUGUUUGUUCAAGUGUUAUUCGGAGAGCUGUCGGCACAAUGUGCAAUUCGAGAUUUCAGAAGUCUCUUUAUUAUCGUGGUCUUGCGAGGAGGAUUGUAAAUAUGACUGCAUGUGGGAUACGGUGGGACACUUCAUGGAGCAUGGACUGCAGGUCCCCCAGUUCCAUGGAAAAUGGCCCUUCGUGAGGAUUCUGGGACUUCAGGAGCCAGCCUCUGUUAUAUUCUCAGUUAUGAAUUUUUAUGGGCACUUUGCGAUGUACAGGAGGUUCAGAAAGGAGGUCAGGUCGUCGUAUCCAAUGUCUCUUAUGUGGACUUAUCUAGCUGUUGUCUGUAUGAACGGCUGGUUCUGGUCAGCAGUCUUCCACGCUCGUGACAGACCCUUCACCGAAGUAAUGGACUACUCCUGUGCCUUCACGAUCGUCGUGACCCUCCUCUACUGCAUCCUCGUGAGGAUAUCCCACAGGGGCAAAAAGGCAUUCGUCGUGAUAACAUGCGCCUACCUCAGUAUUUUAUUCACUCAUCUGUCACAUUUGUGGUCUGGAAGGAUCAACUAUGGGUACAACAUGAAGAUGAAUAUUUUUUGUGGAUUUUUGACCUUUGUGAUCAGCAUGGUCUGGUGGUACAGGAAUUCCACAAAAUUAAGGCAUUUAUACCUCAUGGGGUGGUUUAAUAUUCUAUCAGUAGCUGUGACACUCCUCGAAUUGGCAGAUUUUCCCCCGAUUCUUUGGAUUUUUGAUGCACAUUCCCUGUGGCAUGCCUCCACAGCUCCAUUAGUCUAUUUUUUAUACAGAUUUAUAAUACUAGACUGCCAAUACUUGAGGAAGCAAUACAGUCAGGUAAUAAUCGAUAACAGACAUGUAGAGUAGAAAAUUCCAUGACGAAAAGACACUAGGAAUCGAUAAACCUCGACAUGACCUCUUAAAUAAUAUAUAUUUUAUUUAAAAAAUUCUUUACAUUGUAUUAACGAAACGAAUCAUCUAUAAUUUAUGAUCAGGUAAUCCCCUUAAUUUAAAACAUGACGAAUGGUUUCAACACCGAACAUUCGAGUAAGCACGCAAGUCUAGUGAUGAACAGAUAUCAGACUUUUAUCGUAAUUUAAAAAAAAAAUUCAUGAUUUAAUUUCUUAAACCAUUUUUGGGCACUCGUUACUCUCGAAACUAAGAUUUUCAGAUCGUUAAAUUGAAUUUUAGGCGAAAUAGGAAUGUUUUAUCAACAACUAAUCAAUUUGAAAUAUCGAUUUCAACUUGAGGAAAAUGGUUUAAGUACCAAAAUGCAGAUUUUCAUUCUCCAAAAGUCGUUCAUUAACUAAUGAUUUUUUUUAAUGAAUGAAUUGUUCUUGCGAUGACAACAAGUGAAGCAAUUGCUCGAUAUAUUAUUGAUAAUGAUUUGAAUGCACCUAACGAAAAUAUUUUAUCUAAAAUACGAAAAUUAGAAAUUCGUAAAUUAAAUAUGACUAUCCUGUCUUCGAAAUAAAGAACGUUGUGUAAAUAUUUAAUUACAUAGUUAUCACCUAGAGCUGCGUAUAAAAAUGAUCGCACAUUCCUCCAUACAAUUAAUUAAAUUGUAAUUAAAUUGUUUUCAUCGUCAAUAAUCAAAUUGUCAAUUGUAAAUAGUGACAAUAAUUUUUUUUACCAACCUUAAGACGUUUAAGAUAACCAUUCAAAUUAAAAAAAAAAUUUUUAAUGCCUCUGGAUCACAAGAUAAUUCCCAAAAACUGAUUUUCAAUUGAUUGUAAUUAAAAAAAUAGGAUUUAAACACGAAAUAGUUAAAAUUUUAGGAUUUUUUCCGAGCAAUUGAGCUCCAAAGGCGAGGAUCAGCUGCUGCAGGAGAUGUUAUAUAAAUAUUUAAUUACAUAAUUAUCACCUAGAACUGCAUAUAAAAAUUAUCGCACAUUCCUCCAUACAAUUAAGUAAAUUGCAAUGAAAUUAUUUCCAUCAUCAAUAAUCGAAUUGUAAAUUGUAAAUAGUGAAAAUAAAUUUUU